AGCCCCGCGACCCCGAGGGCGCCGGGACAACUGUUGCGGCGGCGGCGGCGGGGCUCGGGGCGCGGGGCGUGGGCAACCCCGGCCGGCAGGCGGCGGCGGCGGCGCCGGGAGGCUCCGGCGGCGCAGAGCGCGGAAGCGACGCGGGCGGCACUAGGCAGCGCUGGGCAGAUCGGGUCGAUGCAGGCCAAACGAUGACCAGCUGUGGGCAGCGGUCCUGGAACGCGCUCGCCCUGCUUCUCACGCUGCUCUUCUCGGCAGGCCUGUCCGCGCACUUCCGGGUGUGUGAGCCCUACACGGAUCACAAAGGCCGCUACCACUUCGGCUUCCACUGCCCCCGGCUCUCGGACAACAAAACCUUUACCCUGUGCUGCCACCACAACAGCUCGGUCUUCAAGUACUGCUGCAACGAGACGGAGUUCCAGGCGGUCAUGCAGGCCAACCUCACGGCGGGCUCCGAGGGCUACGUGCACAAAAAACCCCUUUGCUGUGCCUCAGGAUGGGGGAGGCAGGACGGGACGCACCCAGCACAGCCUCUGAGGACAACUUCGACAGGGACACCAGGGAGAGCCCAGGCGGCAGUGACGGCGGUGGUGACGGCGGUGGCGGCCGAGAAGGAAAUGCCAGCUGUGCCCAGAUCCCUCUUCCGUGGACUUCUAAGAUUCAGAGUAAACUCAGGGGUGGGGACUGGGGGUGUCAGGAGGUUCUGAGCCUCCCGUCUGCAAGCAAUAGUUCUCUUUGGGGCUGGUGGCUUCUGAGAGGUGACUUCCGGACUCAGGUGACCGACACAGAGCGUCCUGGCUGAGUCCAGCUGGAGGGGUCUAGACCUUCGAGUCCCCGCCGUGGUCCAAACCCCGGAGCUCCCCCUGCCCCGCUCCUCCCAAUAGUGCCCCUCGGGCGUCUCUGCCCAAGGAUCGAGUGUGAGUGCGUGUGCGUGAUUUAGGGUGACUUUUUGUUUGUUGGUUUUUUAUUGGGGUUCCCCUGGAAGUUCUCCAGUGGGCACGGGUCACCCUGUGGCUGGGGGUCGCUGCCAGCGUCCUUUCUUGGUGCAGUCAGCAGUCCCAGGCCAGAUGGGGGUGACCGGGCACAGGGCCCAAGGCACAGCCAUGCUGGGCCUCCUGUGGCUCGGGGGACUUGAAAACACCAAGGGUUAUUUCUUACGGAACUAGUUCCUAUGACAGUAAUAAUAAGGGACGUGUCUUGGCCAGCCACAGGGAAGCCACCAGGCUAGGUGCUUUAGGCACACUCUGUCAAGCCCCUGAGAUGCAGAUAUGACUGACCCCUGCAGAAGCAGUGCAGAGUGGGGACGGGUGCCAGGAACUGGGGCCAGGGGAAGCCACCUUCAUUGUGGCCUCAGAAAUGAAGUGCCCAAAAUCCAGGCCACAAAUCCCUGGAUACGAGUGGCUCUGCAGCCCAGGGGCUCGAGACAACCCCUGAGGCAUCUCUGGAGACUUCUCAGCAGGGCACUGUCACCCCAGACUCCCCAGCACCACCCGAAGGUCUGUCCACCCAUACCUGCUGGCUGAGUGGAGCCAUGGGCCAGGCAGUGACGGCCCCGAGAGGUCCUCCCCACAGGUGGGAGAAACAAACACGGGAUCUUUGCAGAUGGGUGAGGAGGCUGCUGGGAACCCAAGCUGAAGGUCCCGAGUGACAUCCACUGUAGCACAGGGCUUCCACACAGCCCUGGACGCCUGUAGCACCUGCCUGUGGGUCACCACCACCGCCACCCCCCUCAGGGCACACACGGGAGGAUCACAGACGUCCCCAAAGCCACACUGCCAGCAUAGAUGUGCUCACUGCAUCCGUGUUAGCAAACCAGAACCCCAGCUCGUAGCUUGGUGUCCCCCGACCUGUGUUGCUGUAGAGCUGUCCCCGGCAUCCCCACAUGGACCGGCCAUCUGUGCUUCCAGCGGGGCGGGAGGACCACAAAGAGACAGGUGUUGAGGACGAGGACAGUCAUGAGGGGACGCUUGCUGAGGGUCCACUUGGAGCACCUGCUGGCCAGCCUGUGUGGUGCUCAGGUGGUCUGGCACACACAGCGUGGAGUCCGGAGCAGGGACGGGCAUGGUGUCCUUCCCCUCAGGGCCGCGUGCCCCAGGGCUGUGUCCAUGUAGGGCAGCGAUGUCUCUGGAAGACGAUGGACAGUCAGCCUAGCUGGAUCAGCCCACACCUCCAUCCCCUGUGGGGGCCUCCAGAGUGAGAGGAAGCCUGGGGUGUGAGUGGGGAGCCCAAGAGCCCGAUUCUGGCAUCAGCUCUGCUGCUAAGAGCAGUGUGACCUCAGGCAAGGCCUGCGUCCUUGCUGCCUCAGUUUCCCCAUCUGUGGGAGGAGUCAGCCCAGGUGCCCAGAGGCUGCUGGCUUCCUGAGUGCCUGGCUGGUGCUCACAGAGAAGCUUCCUCUGCCGAUCAGGGUCUGGUGACCUGUCCCCUGCCCUGCAGGUGCUGGGGUCAGAGACCACUGUCACUGCACAGUUAGGGCUGAUUCGCACCCCUCUGGAUCUGUGACCUUCUAGGAGGGCAUCCCUGGCCACCAGUGGGCUUGAGAGUCACAGAAAGUCCCCGCGGGGCUGAUGGUCCAAGGGCCACAGAGGAAGGGACCUCUGCCCCAGCCCUGCUCCCUCCCCAUGGGUGCCUUGGCCAGUGGCCCGUCCUCUCUGAGCCUCCUGGGCUCACUGGCCAAGGGCAGCACCUCAGAUGUGCCCAGGACAGGAAGGGCAAAGUCCUGUGCCCAUCAUACUGUGGCCAGGGACGUGCCAGUCAGUCGCAGGUCCCCGGAAGUCAGAUACAGGGCACAGCCGCGCUCCAGGGUAGACGCCUAGGGUCAGGGCUCUUCAGUGGUGCCCGGGCCUGAGUUUUCAAGCCGCCUAUUUUACCUUUCUGUCGUCUCCCUCCGGCCCCACCUCUAACUUAUCACCAUCCAUAAUGAAAAUCCAAAAAAGGAAAAGAAGACCUCAGUGCAUCCACUGUGUGUCGUCACGAGCUCCCUGUCCGGGUGACUCCUUCCCUCGGGAACCCGUGCCAUUCACGACGGGCAGUCUACGCCUUCCUUUCCCCGGGUGUGGCUUGGUGGCUGUGUCUUCCAGAAUCUCAGUAUCUGGGGACCCAGACAGGAAGCUCACAGGACUGUGACUCACCCGGUGCAGCGGGCCUUAGAGAGACCAUGCACACACACACACACACACACACACACACGUGUGCAUACAUGUGCAUGCAUAAACACAUGCACAUGUGUGACUCAGCAGGCAGACCUGUCCCCUUUGGGGUCCACACACAGGGCUUUGGGAGGCAGCUGGGCUUUCCCCCAGCGGGCAACAUCAGGGGAGCCCUGGCACAGGACAGGGUGUGAUCUGUUUAGGCUCGGAGAUGCCCUGGCUCCAGGCCCUGGUGGAAUCCCCUCCGGUCACUUCAAACAGCAGCCCAGUGGUGCGGCCUCACCCUGGUGGUCCCUCGGACCUCUACCUGCCUGGCUGAGCCCCCCUCACGGGACUGCUGGAGACCAUGCCCGUGGGAAUUCGGUGCCCAGCAGCAGGCUUGGCGGGUUCUCACUCGUCUGCUCUCACUGGUCAUCUCGCUGGCCCUGGCCCACAGAAGAGCCUUUGGGUGUGAAGAGAAGGUUCCCCAUAGGGUGGUUCUGGUCAGGGUGGAAGGACAGGAUGGUGACACUCGGCCUGCCCACUCUGGCAUAACAAUCUGGGGUCAGGAGUGCAGUGGGAACCUCAGGGGGCUCCAUCUCCCUGUCCGCCUGGUCCCUGGGGUCACCCAAGCAUUCAGAGGGCCGAAAGUGGGUGACCUUACCAGGCCAGUGUCACGCUCCAUUCCUUCCAGAAACCAAACCCGCACACGAAUAAGGAGCCUGCCCGCCCCACCCAUGAAGGUGACCCUGAUGGUGGCAUUGCCUCCCUGGCCCCACCCGUCUCCAGUCCAGGACCCAGACAGGGUUGGUGCUAGACAGACGCUUGGCGAGUGAGCAGAUCGGUCCCUUCGUCACUCUGUAGCCUAAACUCGUAUUUUUAUAUCAGAGCCCUGACGCCCUCUGUCCUUGACAGACUGAAAUUCAGGGCUGCGGGACACCAGGAGGGAGGGCAUCACUCACAGGAAUAGAGCGGGACCCUGGGGUCCCUGUGGAACGGCCCGAACCACCCUGCGAAGCGAGCAGAGUCCUCUCACAGCAGCGCCAGCCCGGAGCCCUGAGGGGGUCUCUUCUUGGAACGUGCCUCAGUUUCUCACGCCGUCUCUUCCUCUCCCUCCCCACUGCUUGUGUGAAAGCUCGGUCACAUCCGGACCAGUGAGUGUGCAAUAAGGACCUGGGGACACGGCAGGGAGCCUCCCCCCAAAGGUCGUGGUCCUCCCCGGGGCUAGCUAGAUGAGGGUGUGCAGGUCGGGGGGACAGGGACCUCCCCUCUGUGCUGGAAACCCCAACUUUGUGUGGCAAGGUGGGGUGUCAGAUGCUGAUAACUGGGAAAACCAAAAAACCAAUCCUGUCCCUCCGAAUACCCUCCCCUGUGACAAUGACGUGUUUUACACUGACCGCUGUCACGCUGCUUUUGUCUUUAUACACAGUAGUUUUUAUAAAGAUGUCCUUAGGUUUUAAUAAAGGAGUGUCACAUCCACUGUUCUGGAA